ACGCGCCGUGAUAUAACUGGAAUAUUGUUAAAAGCGGCGUUAAACCCAACUCACUCACUCACUCACUCACUCUUCUCCGUAAAACUACAUUUUCCUAAAUGAAAAAGGAAUAGAAAUUGUCAAAAUGUACAUAUAUCCUGGCAUUGUUUUUUCACCUAAAUUGACAUCGACAAUGCAAGGCUCAAAAUUAUUUAGAAACUCAAGAGAGAAAAGCAGUCUUUUCAAUCAAGAACUUCCAGAAACAAUAAGUAUACAAACAUAUGGCAUACAUCAUAAAUGUUAUAUUACCUUAAAAUGUAAAUUCGUUUCAUUAAUUAAUAUAUAGGCAUAGUUUGACCAAUAAUAGCAAUUACUUUUAAGUUAAUUUGCAUAUGAUAUAUAUUACAAAGUAACUGUGCUUCACAUAAAUUGGUUAAAUGAUAUGUUAUUGAAAUUAACAACAUGAUAUUUUGGUCAUUCGUCUGAUCAAUGCUUCAUUUUAACAAUUUCAUUGACAAAACCUACACCUGGUAACAGGAGAAAGAGCGGCACAGCCUAAAAGAGGAGUGGUGCCUUCCACGGUUUGUCCCCCCUUCGUGUCAUGUACACAUUUCUAUACACAAUUACAUGAUAAUUUCUUAAGGAACUUCAUCCGUCAUGGGUCUUAAAUUAAACAAAAUUUAGAUUUUGUUGGGUACAGGGUAUUCAUGGUCAAGUACCGUAUUGAUGUUUCAUACACUUUUCUGGAUUUCGAGUUAUUUUGCAAUUCAUCGUUCUCAUUUGGAGUCAAACGGACUGUAAUUGUGUUUAUCGUGGAAAAGAAUUAUAGCUUAAACUGGCAUAUUAUGUCAAUGAAAUCAAUGACGUAGCAUUGGUGAAAUCUCCUUACAAAAUCAUGUCUCAAGUGAAUAAUUAUUGCUUACACACAAAUCAUGAUCAGUUAUAUUGUGUGGUGUCAAAUUGGGACAUUUGAUGUUUGUAACUAAACGAGUGAGUUGAGUUUUACGCCGCCUGUGACAAUAUUCUAGCCAUAUCACCAAAGAGGGUGACACAUUCUACUCAUGAGUAUUCGGCAUGACGGGCGAACGAUUUAACCACUUAACGAUUAGCGUUUUAAUCUACAUCAUAACCGGAUUUCAUUGAUCGUGAUGUCAAUAUUACUUUUGUCAACCUAUUCAUACAUUCAGUAGACCACGAGGCAAAAUAUCAAUAUGCUAUGGUUAGGUAAGCGUCAAUGUGAUUUGAAAAAAAAAAAUAUAAUUGAAUUUUGCAUUACAACAAAACGCUCGAAUGUAAAGUGAACCGAUUGCAUCAAGUGAGAGAUUGAAAAGGUGAGGUAUGUUGUAAUAUCUGUGCUAUGACACAGCACGACUAUGUGUAUCCCAUAGCAACUGUAUUUGAAUAGCUAUGUCAGAUUGACAUGUGUAUCGUGUUGACAAAGCCCUUACUUCGUUCAAAUAGGAUUCACGUCAUGGUCACGUCAACAGCCAUAGUCCCAGCUUACCUGUACGUAAGGUGUACAGUGACGAUAUCAUGAAGAUAGGGACGAGGACAUCGGGAACGAUAUUGACAAAUAUGAAGGAACACGUUUUGCUUGGAUUAUGUGUUAUACUGUUUGGACCUCUGGUCAAAGGAUCAGGUCAUUCAUCUAACGCUCCCACGUUGGUUAAAAUCUGCAAGCCCGGAUUGAGUGUCAUCGUCAGCUCCAGUAACUACAUGACCCUCACUUUCCACACUGACAGUUCUGGAACAGACAGAGGGUUUAGUUUGCAGUAUACAGCUGUGCCCGAUAUUGAAAAUCUGAGUGCCACUACUCUCCGAGCGAACUAUCUGACUUCUCCUGGCUAUCCUAUGAAUUAUCGAAGCGUUUCAUCCAGCGACUGCCAAUGGAGAAUUUCAGCGCCGAUCGGAACAUUUGUGAAAGUUGAAGUUAUGUUUCUGUCCACGAGUAGUUCAAGUCUUUGCAUAUAUGACUAUCUUCUGUUCAUCGAUGGUUCCUCGACUGACUCAACCCGGUUAGCUAAAUUAUGCAGGCCUACAUCAAGGUACAUUAUCAGCACCAGUAACUACAUGACCAUCACCUUCCAUACUGACGGUUUAGAAAGAAAAUGGGCGUUUCGUUUGAAGUACACAGCUGUAAGCCAAAGUUGUGGAAGUACUCUAAGUGCCUCCUCAAUCAUCCCGAAGAAUUUGACUUCUCCUGGCUAUCCUUCAAAUUAUCCAAACAACAUAGACUGCCAAUGGACACUAAGGGCACCGAUCGGACGAAAUGUCAAAGUCGAUGUUCUCUUUCUUGCUAUGGAAAGUUCAAGGUCAUGUUCAAAUGAUUACCUUAUGUUCAAUGAUGGUACUUCGUCCAAUGCUCGUCGGCUUAAAAGAAUAUGUCACAAAAUUUCUGACAGCAUCAUCAGCUCCGGUAGAUACUUGACCAUCUCAUUUCACACAGACAUCAAUCUUUGGGACAAGGGGUUCAGAUUGUUGUAUACAGCUGGUACCUUUGGACCACACAGAAGUAUAGUUGUCAACUAUUAUGAAACAUCAUAUGUACAAUCCCCGAAUUUUCCCUUAAAUUAUCCAAUCAAUGCAGAGCAAACAUGGACCAUCUCCACCAAUUCUGACGGAUAUGUGAUUUCUCUUGAAACGAGAGAUUUCAACAUUCAAUACGAUGACAGCUGUAUGUUCGACUUUGUGCAACUUUACGACGGUUCGGAUGCAUCUGCAGUUUCAUUUGGCCGAUGGUGUGGUACCAGGGGUCCCAUCAAAGAAAGUUCUGGAGCGAGCAUGUUUGUGAAGUUCCAAUCUGAUAAUUUACAGUCUUACGGUGGAUUCAAGUUAGCUUUCUCUGCUAAGAAACCAUCAAAGAAUCGUCAGGCCACAAAUGUUGGAGGCAUUGUAGGGGGGGGUUUUGGUGCAAUAACGUUGGUGUUUAUCCUGAUCUGUUGCUGUGCCUCAUAUAACCGAAAGAAGUCACAGUCACUAAGGAAUCGCAACGUGGUUAAUAACGGGUCGUACCCCAACAGCAUAUACUCGAUAUCUCCUACUGGACAUCUUGGACAUGCAUCCACUCAGCGAGUCAUGUAUACACCAUCGCUUACCUAUCCUACAACACAGUCACUCAUGUAUACACCUCCUCGUGCUAUUCCUCCCAGUCAGCCGACCGUGUAUACACCACCUCCUGCUUAUAAUGAAGUCGUAACUGAUGCUCCUCCUCUGUAUAGUGAUGUUAUCAAUACAUUCACGAAUGAUCCAUCUGCAUAUCAAGUGGUAGAUAACCCCUCGUGCCAUCUCUGAGUAUUUCACUAUUUUAAGACAUUUUUUAUGUGAUCUCUGUCUAUCAAGUAAACCCAAAUAAUUCUCGAAAAUUACAUGAUGCUUUAUGAAAUACUCAAGAAACGCUCGUGCGGAAAGAAAUGGUAGAUAUAUUAUAAUAUUGUUACCUGAAAUUGCAAUUUAUACUUGUGAUUGUUAUAACGGUUCUAACUUAAUAAUAUCUGCUUUUUCAAUCUAAUCAGAUCUGGUCGUCUUAGGUCGUCUCUGUGUGUAGAGUGGCUUCGAAUCCCGAUUCACCCUGAUAAUAUGUUCCUUAUUUGUCAGCACCCAGAGUCAGGAUUACUAUAUUGGGUAUAUAUAAACACAUUGUUUGUGUUUCAUUGAUAUAACGGGUCUUAUGUUUUCAUAUGUGUAAAAUAAAUUAUUUUAUACAUU